AUGGCUUCCGCAGUUCGUUCGACCGUCGAUAGAUUAGAUCGCCCUAGCGCAUAUUAUACCAGUCGGAACAAACGGAGACGCCCCGACCAUGGACGGGAGAAUAAAGAUGGCGAGGCCGAAGCCAACCCCCCAGCAGAAGAGGCUCCGGAAGAUCCUCUGAAGAAUGCCACAACUCUAUAUGUCGGAAACCUUUCUUUCUACACAACCGAGGAGCAAGUCUAUGAGCUAUUCUCAAAGUGCGGCGAGAUCAAGCGUCUAGUAAUGGGAUUGGAUCGAUUCAACAAGACCCCCUGCGGCUUUUGUUUCGUCGAGUAUUAUACCCACCAGGAUGCAUUAGACUGUAUGAAGUACAUAGGUGGUACCAAGCUUGACGAGCGUAUAAUCCGAACAGAUCUAGACCCUGGUUUCGAAGAAGGCCGCCAGUACGGCCGAGGCAAGUCGGGCGGUCAAGUGCGAGACGAAUACAGAGAUGACUACGAUGAAGGCAGAGGUGGUCUAGGUAGAGCACUCCAGAGCGAGCGGGAACGCGAGGGAGAACGGAAUAGGGAACGAGAUCAGCACAUUGAAGAAAGCUACGGACGCCUAAGAUAA